CAAAACAGGUUCCCUGCAUUGGAUUUAAGGUCUUUUUUCCAGGUAUGAUGGAUGCUAGAGGACUUUGGAUGGUGCUCUGCCUUCUCUUGUUGGCACACGGCUCACUCCAGCAGAACUCGAAGAAAAGAAAUGGCAAAAAAGAAUCUGCCAUCAACUCUGCAAUCGAGAAUCUGCAGAGGCAAGUUGAUGAGAUUAUUCAGGAUCUGACCGUGCUGAAAGAGCAGCAAGCUUUACAAACAGUUUGUCUAAAGGGCACAAAGAUCCACAGAAAGUGUUUUCUGGCCAAUCUGGUGAAACAAUCCUUCCAUGCCGCCAGUGAUGACUGCAUCGCCAAAGGAGGCAGCCUAAGCACUCCUCUAACAGGAGAUGAAAACGACCAUCUCUACAGCUACGUACGCCAGAGCAUCGGCCCCGAUGAGCAUAUCUGGCUGGGCAUUAAUGACAUGGUUACCGAUGGCCACUGGGUUGACCACUCAGGCUCUAAUGUGCGCUUCAAAAACUGGGAGACUGAAAUCACCCAGCAGCCAGAUGGGGGACGCAGCCAGAACUGCGCCGUCCUCUCCACCACGGCCAACGGGAAGUGGUUCGAUGAGAACUGCAAGGCUGAGAAGGCGUCUGUGUGCGAGUUCAACAUCGUCUGA